UUAGUGCGGCGGGAUCGUGCUGUAUCGCGUGUGGGCCGGCUCGUCUGGCACGAUGGGCAGGCGAGACGGGGACAGCAGAGGCGUGAUGAACACCGGCGACCGCUCGGAGUUCGGCUGCCGGCGGGACUCUCGUCGGAGGCUCUCCGACGUGGAUGCGCCGGAGGUGAAAAAGCACCAGCACAAACACAACUUGAAGCACCGCUACGAGCUGCUGGAGACGCUGGGGAAGGGCACCUACGGCAAAGUGAAGAAGGCGGUGGACAGAGCAAGCCUGGACACGGUGGCCAUCAAGACGAUCCGUAAAGAGCACAUCACAGACGUGCUCGACAAAAUUCACAUCCAGAGGGAGAUCGAGAUUACCUCCUCACUCAGGCACUCCCACAUCAUACGCUUCCUCGAAGUGUUUGAGAGUCGGGAUAAAAUUGUGAUUGUGAUGGAGUACGCCAGCAAAGGAGAGCUGUACGAUUACAUCCUGGAGAAGAGGAAGCUUCUGGAAACGGACGCCCGAAGCAUCUUCAGACAGAUCACAUCGGCUGUCCACUACUGCCACAAGAUUGGCGUCGUGCAUCGAGACCUCAAGUUGGAGAACAUCCUUCUGGAUCAACAUCUGAACGUCAAGCUGGCUGACUUUGGACUUUCCAGUCCGUACCAGAAAGGCACUCUGCUGCAGACCUUCUGUGGAAGUCCGCUCUAUGCUGCUCCAGAAAUAGUGACUGGGUUGCCAUACCAGGGACCAGAGGUGGACUGCUGGGCAUUAGGUGUGUUGUUGUAUGCGUUGGUGUACAGCAGUAUGCCAUUCGAUGGGGCCAGUCACUCUAUGCUUAAAGAGCAGAUAUGCCAAGGUCGCUAUCGAAGACCCAACCCCCCCUCAGACGCCUGCGCGCUUAUCGACUGGUUGCUGACGGUCCGUGUGGAUGAGAGGGCCACGAUCGAGGAUGUAGCCAAUCACUGGUGGGUGAAUUGGGGGUACGACGAGAGCGUCUGUGACUGCCCUUCACCGGCACACCCGGACUGUCCCUCCCCGCUGCUGGCUCGCUACAUCGACUGGCAGAAUCGAUUCGUCAACAGUUUGGCCGCUGAAGCGGGGCGCCUCCUUCCAGAGUCCAACCGUCAACCCCCUCAUCCGUGUUAUUUCAGUUUACCUUUUCGGGCGGAGCGAGGAGGAAGAGCGCGAGGAGGAAUGUCCUGCGUCAGAAAAUCCCGCAAGGAGAACGCCAUUCCCCAGACGACACAAGGAGCGUGCGGUGGUGCAGCAGCUUCUGUGCCGUCCUCCGCCUCUACCACUGAAAGAAAGAAACCCAAAAGUAUUCUUAAACAUCAGAGGAGUUUUGACUCAGUUUUGUUUUGCCCUCCUAAAGAAAGUCCCCACCAGGGUACUGCUGAUUCCCAGCUUUACCAAACACAUGCACUUGGCCUCACACAUGCUGAGGUCCAAGCCAUGACUCUUCCAUCUCCCUGUACAUUCAGACAGCCUUCUUCUAAAAUGCCCAAGAAGGGGAUACUUAAAAACCCUUAUGAUGUUGAGUCAGGUUGUGUCUCUUACUCACAACGCAGGGAGUCCAGAGCAGACGUCAAAGAGAGUGAUGCGGGAGACCCCUGCUCGAACAAACAGCAGACAUUUGUCCCAGUAGCAGAGGCCAGUCCAGCCAUUUGCGCGGACGCACUGAGAAAACGAAAGGGCAUUCUUAAACGGAACGGCAAGUUCUCACGCAGCCUGGACCUUCCAGAGGAACGCCGCUCACCGCCACCUUCCGAUAGCCCGUCAUUCCCCGAGACUCUGCUUCAGUUCCUCCAGCCCAACACGGGCGCCGACGGCCGCCAAAGCCGCCCGUCCAGUGUGGUGAGCGAGGAUAGCCUUUUCUCCAGUGACUCCUUCGACCUGCUGGACCUCAGCACCCAAUCGCACCGCAGGGUUUUUUCUCAGGGGACCCGGCGCAGCGCUUGUAGCUCAGAGGAGGAUCUGAGAGGGGGAGCAGGUGAAGGACGACAGUCCAAGUGGUGAUGCCUGACAUUGGAGUGGUGGCUAAUUUAAAAAAACCUAUAAAGUACAAUCACAGUCAUUUGUUUUUAAACAUACAGUAAUUUAUCCAUGUAGUUGAAGUUCUAGACUGUGUUAAUUUUGACAGCAAAUUAUAAUUUCUAAUAAUAAUCCUUUGGCAAAAAUUAAAUUUAGGCUCUUAUUUAGGUAUUGUUUAUUAGUGAUGAAGAGGAUGCAUGAAACUGACAAAUAUAUAUAAAUGAUAGUACUAAUAUAUACUGUCGCUACUUUUCCGGUUUCAUCUAUUGCGUGGGUGGGAUGGAGCCAGUUUUAAAAUAGAGAGCAAAUUUUGAUUUACAUUUAGUCAGUCUUUGGACUAAAAUGUCAUUUUGUUUUCUUAGAAUUUUGUCAUUUUCAAUUGUUUUAAUCAAGUCUAAGUUGCUGAAAUAUCGUCAGAUAAUAGCCGGUGAAAAUGUCAUUUGAAUUUAGUGGACUAAAAUCAAAAAUGUGUCAAACAUGCACAAUGUUACAUCUUAACGUCUUCUUCUCAAUCCAGUACAGUACAACUGCAAAACAAAUAGCUGUAUUUAACCAAAGAUUACUAUAGUUAGAGUUGCUUUUGACUUUCCCGUGAUGUUACACAAAGGGGCAAUGUGUUUCAAAUACAUCAAAUUUUCUCAGUAAACAUCAGAAACUUCCAAAUGUGACCUCAUCGUCUUGAGUUUUCCCAAAUUGUUUAAAGGGUUAAUAAUUUUACUCUGUAAACGUAGGACUUUGUUGAAAGUAAUUUUAAAAAUAGCCUUGUUUUUUCUUUAUGGUGUUUACCAAAUAGAAAUAACUUUUUUGCUAACAGACCUAAAUCAGUCAACUUAAUUCACUGGACUCCGUGUACGUAUACUGUAUUUGUAAGCUUCAUGGAGACUCAUCAGCACCCAACAAUACCAAAUGUGCAUGUGGUGUGCAGGUAUUGUUAUUGUCCACUUGGGGUUGCCGUCUACACUUUGUUUGAUUUUUCACCUGUUGAAGCCUCAUCUUAAAAACUUGGCCAUUUUAUUGAAUCACUCAAUUUUGGCAGAGUUGUUAACAACUCUCCUGUGUGGUUUGUCAAUUUUAGAAGGCGCAUUAGUUUUUCACUCUACAAGGGAUUUUAAAGCUCCAAUUUUCAGUUUUAAAAGCAUUUUCAUCAUUACAAGACAAAAGAACUGCAUUUGAGUGCUGCUAAAGUAGAAGCACUUUUUCUGGACAUAUAUGACUUUCUUAAAUCCCAAACGGGUCACUGGCAAUUCCGCUGUCCUUUGGAUGCAAGCCAUGGAGUGCAGUGACUUUACAGCAAAGUAAUACAUGUGGAUAGAGUUCUCUGGACUUCUCAAGAUGGGACUUAAUUUACUAGAGUGGAGUUUUCUAAACGGUCAUACAGGUUCUCCUUCUGUUUUGAUACUGUUUCGUAAUACAUAUUGUACAUAAUACAUAUGAAUUGCAUUCGUCUCGCCCAUCGGGCCGUGCAGAUUUGUGCAAUUGCAGUGUCAAACGUUGUUUCAUUCUAUUACUGCUUAAUGACAACUAUUGCAUGGAGUGUUUUCAACAACAAUGAAAGCACCAUGAGAGAGUAUUUAUGGGCACAGACAGCGGCCUGCUAAAGAGUCAAAAGAUGCUGUAUCGUGUAAUAAAUCAAUAUUUUAAUUAUUUUCUUUGGCCAUGUUGUUGCAUUUUUCAUCUCAUUUGUUCUUUACCUGCAGUUACUGGAAACGAUUUGAGGUAAAUGAUGAAUGGCCAUUUAUGAUUAUCAUGCUAUUUAGAAGUGGAACUUCUCUGGUAUUUUUUCAGAUUUAUUGUAAUAAUUUUCAUCUUUUGGGAAUGGAGGGCUGACACUAUGUAACAAACUUUUGGUAAAGAGUGUGAGGUGCUGAAAAAUAGAAGCUUUGUCUUUCCACAUAGUUGGAUUUGGAUCAAAUAUUUUAAUAAGAGGCACUCUCUUUUGUUUUGAAGGCUUCACACCCAAUGAUUCAAAUAUUUUUCUCGUGUUUCACUGGCUCACGGAUUUGAAUUCCCCCAACAUUGUGUACAAAUGUUUAACAAACAACAUUCUUCAUCGAUUCCUGUAAUUUCUGACAAUGAAUCAGAAACAAGUCCAACAUGAAACUAAGCCACAUGGCGUCCUUGCUUCUGGUAUGGCUGACAUAAACAUAACGCGUACAAGAAUGAAACCAUGUCCAGUAAAUUCAACUGUUUACACGCAUAUGACACUUAGUUCACCGAGUUUGUGGUAGUUCAGAGCAACAUCAUCAUUUUCUCCAGUCACUUACAGUCCGCUUGGUUACAUAAUGCCGACGUUGCUCUGUCCUGUCUUGUGUACAUUAAUCAACAUUUUAUACCAGAUUAAA